UCCUCAGUUUCUAUCUUUCGCAGCAUCUCUUGAAAGCUUUCACCUUUAUCUUGUUGUCUCUCUCUCUCUCUCUCUCUCUCUGAUCUGUUGUUCAUCUCUCUCACACUCUUUACUCAUUGUUUCCUUUCUCAAUGUUGUCCAAAGCACGGAGAAACAGAAUCAACAUCAAGGAGAAGUAUCGGUUCUUUUGAUUUUGCUUCAUCGUCUACGUUUUUUGGGUUUCUUCUCUUCUCAUCGAUUUGAGCUUGUUAGGGUUUGUUUUAGUUCCAUGGAAGAUGCAGACUUUGAAUCCCGUAAAUAGUUCUGGUGUUAUUGUUGCUGUUUUGGUAUUGUAAUCAGAUACAUCUUCGAUUGAAUCUAAAAGGUUGAAAAUUUAGGUUUUGAUUAGGGUUUUAGAAAUGGACAGGAUUAGUAAUCUCUCGGAUGAUUUGCUCUUGAAGAUUUUGUCACAACUUCCUACCAAAGAUGUCGUUGAAACAAUGUUUUUGUCGAAACGUUGGAAGUUUCUUUGGACAAUGGUUCCUAAACUUGAUUUUGACGAUGGGUUCUAUGAAAGGAAUGGUAUUAGAUACACUGAGGAUAGUUUCAAGAGAUUUCGGCAAUACGUCGACAGGUUUAUGGUAUUGCAUAAGUCUCCGCGUCUCGAGACUUUGAAGUUCAAUCUUGGUACUUUGUCUAGUACUGAUGAUAUGGAAACAUGGAUCAGAAUUGCCAUUGUUCGCCAAGUGCGUGAACUUGAGAUUAACCGUUUUCCCGCGGAUGAUGAUAACUCAUUCAUAUUGCCAAUGUGUCUGUAUACGUUUGAGAACCUUGUGGUCUUGAAACUCUAUAGAACGAUUAUUCUGGAUGUUCCUUGGGAUCUUGAGGUUACGCUUUCGUCUCUGAAAACAUUACACCUUCUGAGUGUGCAGUACAUGGACGAUGAAUCCCAUCGCAAUCUUUUAGCGGGUUGCCCUGUUCUCAAGGAGUUGGUUGUGGACAAAAGUGAACAUUGGUCUUUGCCAUUCUUCUCUGUUAUAAUGCCUUCCUUAGAGAGAUUAUCUAUACUUGAUGUGUAUAUAGAUGAAAACUACUCUGCUGUAGAAAGACCACCAGUCUUUUCCAACAAUAGUGUUGUGAUUAAUGUCCCGUCUUUGAAGUACUUGAACUAUGUAGAUAUCUAUGACUUUGGUCAUUUGUGUUCGAGUAAGAAUAUGCCUGAGGUGGUUGAGGCGAAUGUGAAGCUUGUUUGCCAAAGUCCUGAAAAGCUCAUGAGAUCUCUUACAUCAGUCAAGCACCUCUCUUUAUGUUUAUAUGGUUCAAUGCUUCAGCAUCGUAUUGAGUUCUAUCAGCUUGUUCACCUAGAGCUAUGUGGAUGCAGCCCAAAGUGGUGGGAUCUACUUACUUGGAUGCUUGAAAGUUCUCCUAAACUGCAAGUUCUCAAACUGAAUAAAUGUGAGGAGCGCAUUGGUAGUAAAACGAAGUCCAUUGAAGGUCAUUGGGGACAACCGAGUUCUGUUCCUGAGUGUUUGCUGAGCCAUCUUAAUAAUUUUGAGUGGGAAAAAUACAAUGGAAGACGGGAAGAGAAGAAAGUGGUGGCGUACAUCCUGAAGAACGCUAGAAUGUUAAAGACUGCCGCCAUCUUUUAUUGGGGGAAAAUUCCAACUCGGAAACGCAAGGAGUUGAUUUCUCUGCCUAGGGCUUCAGGCUCAUGUCAGCUUCUUCUGGAUAAAAAAGAAAGAAAGAUUUAGUAGUCUAUUCAAGCUAUUAAGAUGUGGCAUGUUUAAUAAUGGAGAGAAAACUGCAUAUCAGUCAGUGUAUGAAUUCCCCCUCUACUGGUUUUAUUCUCAAAAUGAAGGAACUGUUGAUUAAGUUAGUUAUUAUCAAAAUUCUCCGGUCUUUGUUCUAUGUUUCGCACUUGCAGCAUCUUUGAAAGCUUAUGCCUUUUUUUCAUCUCCCUUUUAUCUAGUUGUGGCUUGAGUUCGAAUUCACGCAAGGAACCAAACCAUCUCUGUCUUUCUUUUCUUUUUGUUGUGAUUCAAAUAUUUGUCAUUUGCACUACUACUCAUGUGUUUAUGGUUCUGACAUCCUCUAUGCAGCUUCAGCAUAAUAUUGACUUCUAUCAAGCUCGUCCACCUGGAGCUAUGUGGAUGUUGCCCAAAAUGGUGGGAACUACUUACUUUGAUGCUCUUAAGUUCUCAUAAA